AUGUUGUGUCUUGGCCAGGUGGAUGGAUUUUUGAUCCUGUUAUUUGGCCUCAUCAGUAUCAACACACUGUCAGGCAUCAGCAUAAUUUGCUACUUCAAAGUGUGCCAGCCUCAGUACGCUCAUUACAUCAGCAAACAUAAGGUUGGAUUUGAUAUAGCUGCAGUCUGGUUUUUCACCUUAUUUUGGCCUGGAGCACCAGUUCUGGGCUGGGGCAUUUACAUUUACAUAGAGAUAUGUGUGAUGUGUCUAUACUGUACUGCCCUCCUGUUGGUCUGGUCCCCAUAUACAGUUAUAUCCAUUUGGUCUGCUUUGGACCCACUCAGUGGUAUCUUGGCUAGCCUUUUUGCUAAGUCAGCAAGUAUCUACAAUCCAUUCAUUUACGUUGAGUUCCAAAAGGAUCUCCAGGCUCUGUUUCACUGCUCGAGAGCAAGCACAGCUCAAAGCCCCACUUCAUGCAUGCAGCUGGUAGCCCAGUAUAAUGGUGUGCAGCUCAGUUUAGACUAUUAA